UUCUAAACCUCAUCAAGUCCUUAUCAAGUACCUUAGCAAGUGAAAUUAAGGUUUCUUUGCAGUAGUGAGAUACGGGUUAAAUAGCCGGUGUUUUUAUUGUGGUUUUAUUACUGUUAAAGUUUAAUUAUUGACCCAUCUACCAGUAGGCACCGUUUUUCAUCUUAUUACGGAAGUAAGUAACGCUUUAUUGUGUAAGCCUGUUGUGUUGGUCACUCCACUGCUGUCUGAGCCACAACAACUUCUUUAGUUAAAAAGAUUUAAAGAUGGGAGGAGAAAAAGGACUCCUCAUUGGCUUCAUUCUCUUCUUGACCUUGUCUGGCAUCUACACAUUUGAUAUACUGGAAAAUAUGCAGGAUCUACGAGACAGAACCGACUUUGGCAAAGCUUUUCCACGACAUGGACUCAAGAUUCUGCUCUGGCUCAUCUGCCAGGGUGAGAUUGACCAAAAUGGAGUCCUGCAACUUAAUUUUAACCCAGCUAAAAAUGUUUUUGGCAUUCACAGGUAUCUAGACCGUGAAGGUGUCUUUCCUGUCCUGGACAACCUGCCGAAAAAAUACUACACCGUCGGCAGUAUUGGCCCACUGAAUGUGCGAGAACAUUUUCCUGACUACGUCACUGAGGAUUACUGCAACUCAUGGGGGCAUUCAUUGCGAAACGUAGACAGAAUUGUGAUUAGAGUACAAGAUGACAACCCGUCACGAGUGGACGAAGUGUAUGUCACACAGCAUUUUAGAGACAAAAACCUGGGAAGCCACUAUGAUCCUGGUAACACGUUCAAGAUCAGCUCUAAUCUACUUAGGGAAAUUCAGAAGUUUUGUCCUCAUAUCUAUCAGACUUCCAAUCAAAACCACAAAAAGGAUCAGAACUUUUCCAACAACCCAGGACUUGUUGAGUUUCUGAAUGAGGUAGGUUAUCGCUCCAGUAAAAACAAGGGUCAACAGUCAAAAUCCAGCAAUUCGCAGCACGGCCAUCAGUCAGGCUCAAAGAAACGUGACUGUGAUACAGUUUUAGUCAAAGGUUAUGACGCCGGCCUGCAGCUUUAUGAAAAGGACAGCUACGCUUGCCUUCGACUCUACAUCAAGAAGUCCUUCUUCAACUGGAAGAAAGCCUUCCGCUACUCUUGGGUGGCUCUUUACACCAGCGCAGAGGUUUCCAACCAAGAGUACCAAAAGUACAAGUGGAGCACCGACUUUGAGAAGAGCUCAGAGGAAGACCACUUGGAGGACUAUGAUGUCUAUGAGUACCAGUCAAAGAUAGCCAUUGCUCCUGGACUCCAGGCCCGAAUGAUGCUGCACAACAGCUAUACGGAUGAAAUUGCACGUACUGAACCCUGGCCUGAGUUGUUGAGCACUUCUGGAAUCAAUUGGAGCUUUUGGAUCCUUCUAUUGUUUGGUCUGCUAGCUAUCUUUGUUAUUAAAAUCCUGAGAGAUGCUUCCAGAAUAGUCAGACCAGCCCCACCGUUUGUGGAUGUGUCUGAGGGUAGGCCAGGCCUGUGA